AUGCAGGAACUCAUGAAGUGCAAAUCAGAAGCGAAAAUACGGAAAAGUCUUAACGAAGCGCCAAAAGGUCUUCAAGAGAUGAUUCGGCAUGUUCUAGCAAGCUUUUCUGCAACUUGUGAGCCCGAGGAACUGGAGUUCUUGAAUGAGCAGUUGCUAUGGACAGCCUGCUCGCCGAAGCCAUUGAUGCUGCGGCAAGCAGGUGACAUUCUUCGUUUUAAAUCUCCAGAUGGAGACGGCAUGAUCUACUUGGAAGGUGCUCUCCGCAGGCAGUUUGAGUCUUUUUUUACCUUGAAUAGAUGGGAUAAUUUGAACACGGCCGAGCUUGAAAUCCUAGCAAUGAAGACAUCUGCACUCGAACAGCCCACCGGUAAAUCAGUCAGAUCUUCAGAUGGGGAUCUCAGUGAUGCAUUUGACGCCGCGGACGAUUUCAUCGAUUUUACGUCCUAUUCGGAUACCACCAUCACCUUCUGCCACGCGUCGAUCGGCGACUUCUUCCGGGACGAAAAAGAAGGAAAGGUUGCCGCUGGACGGGAUUUCACACCUGUCGGGGUUGACUGGCGAGAUGGAAAAGUCCACAUCCUGAAGACUAGCCUUCGCAUCAUCAUGAGUGAAGAGAACGUGUCUCAAGGUCUUUAUCAUGAAGCUGCAAUGCCGUACUAUGUGGUUGACAACUUAUCCCAUCAUCUGCAAUCAACUCCACCGUCGUAUGCCACCGGAGAGGACCAGUCUCAUAUUGCUAGCAUGUUGAUCAAAUUAUUUUCGAACGAGAAAAAGCACAAAUCAUUUUCAAGGAAGAGCCUCUCGCGUGGAUGUCGCUUAUGGCGAAUCUCCAAUCCAUCUGGCAAUGGCUGGGGGACUCGCAGACCCUUGGAACUCUGGGCGACGAUGUAA